CAACCACUCACUCACUCUCCCACACACCCCACACCCCACCACCGCCCAUUCCCCUCCCACACCCACUCAACUCCAAAUCUUCAUCAACCCAAUCGUGACCGCUAGCAAGCGCCGGUGCUCGCGCGUCAACUCCCACGCAUCCGCCACCGGCCCUCUCUGAACACCUCAACUCGCCCGUCCGGCAGCCUCGCCGGCCCCCACAUGCCACCCAUCACCUCGCCGCGUCGCACGGCGUUGCACUCGCCGCCAGCCCCGCUGCGCCCCGUCCCCGUUCCCAUCCCAGGGGCACCCGUACCCCCCCUUAGCAGCUCAGCCUCGACUUUUGCGAGCACACCGCCGAGCGCAGGUACCUCGCCCGGCACGAGCCUCGGCUCUACAAUGGCCCGCACUCUCAGCCAUGGCGCGUCGAGUCACUCGCACAGCCACAGCAAUAGCACAAGUCACUCCAACAGUCACACCGGCAGCCUCGGACACGCGCCAUACAUGGUCGCUUUGGCCGGAUGGCCUGAGCCACUGUUUGUGGCGGAGCGAGAGUCAUGGGACGUCCGCAAGCGCUCGAGACCCACUACCCCGACUGGAUUUCGCGGCGAGGUGCGUGACGGAGUCGGCUGCCCCCUUCCCGCGUCGCUGUUGAAUUCCGCACCCACCAACGGGCUGGUGCACCCCCAGCCGGUCAUGCAUGCCCCACCAGCCCCGCCGACUCACUCGCGCUCCCACUCGCACACCAACUCCCACGCGCACGCCCACCACAGUGCCCAAGUCCAUAGCCACAGCCUGCCGCUGAGCCAUCGACGCUCCCGCCCUGCUUCGCCCACUGGCUUUCCGACCAGCAGCGCACGUGACGCGCCUCCACACCACUCGGACAGCGCCGGAAGUUCAUCGGCCUCUACACCUCCUCGGCACGACGCACCCGGCCCCCUCUCGGGUCCUCUGGCGAGGUUAGCCCUCGGUGACCACCGGGAGCACCCGCGUGCACCAAACCCGUCCGUUGCCGCGCGCACGGUGCGCCGGCACAUUGACAAGCUUGGCGGCUUUGCUGACCCUCGCUACCACGCCAAUGCAGCGGUCGUGGGCCGCGGGCGCAGCUUGCGUGUCGCGCCGGCGUGGACGCACAGCACGUCGCUGGCGCCAUACACAGACAAGCUGCCGCCGAGCGGGCAUGGGCGUGUGGGCAUCAUUGCGCGCGCUGUUCCCGAGGUGUGGCCGCCCCCCGGCGUUAUCACGCAGGUGUAUCCGCGCGAUCCCGAUACCAUGUUCUUCCCGCGCGCCGGGAGCAGUGGGGACGAGGAUGAGCCGGCAACCAAGGCGGCGCGGACGAUGACGACGGAGGCGAAGAGGGAGCGUGAGGCGUCGGUGCACGCCGAGGACGAGGAGAAGGAUGGCAAGGGGAUGGACGUCGAUCGCUAGGCCGAGGUGGUACGUGGAGUAAUAUGUACUAUGUACGCUACAUGUCAGAAGUUGGAGUGUAUAAGAGUGUCGAGUGUGGGAAGGGAAGGGCCUUUAGGGGAGCCGAGUUUGUGUAGGUGGGCAGAGCAGCAGCCCAACGGCGGGGCAAGCGGACCCGCGGAGGAGGGCAGGAUGUGUCCGCGGAGGUGCGGGGGGAGGAGGGGAUGUGCGUCGUCGGAAAGCAGGAACGGGGUUUGGUUUG